AUGUCAACCCCCGCAAUCGGCUUCGUCGGCCUCGGCGCUAUGGGCUUCGGAAUGGCCACACAUCUCGUGAAAGAGGGCUACCCAGUACACGGCUUCGACGUAUUCCCAGCCUCAGUAGAGCGCUUCAAGACUGCGGGCGGAAUCCCCGCAUCGUCCCUGCGGGAGUCAGCAAAGGGAAAGGAUUUCUAUGUUUGUAUGGUAGCCUCAGCGCCGCAAGUGCAGAGUGUGCUUUUUGGGGAUGGUGGCAUUGUCGGAGCCCUCCCCCAAAACGCAACCCUCCUCCUCUGCUCCACCGUCCCAGCAUCAUACGCCCAAUCCGUCGCUGCAGAGCUUGUCUCCGUCGGUAGAAGCGAUAUAGCCUUCAUUGACGCACCCGUGUCAGGUGGUGCGCUUCGCGCCGCAGCGGGCACGCUGUCAAUUAUGGCCGGUGCGCCGGAUGCCGCAUUAGAGAAAGGCCGGUUCCUGCUACAGGAGAUGUCGGAUGUUAAGAAGCUGUACCUUGUCCCCGGCGGGAUUGGCGCAGGUAGUAAUAUGAAGAUGGUGCACCAAGUACUGGCGGGUAUUCAUAUUCUGGGUGCUGGUGAGGCCCAGGGCUUUGCAGCGCGACUGGGCUUAGAUGCAGUGAAGACAUCCGAGGCGAUCAAGUCUAGUCCCGCUUGGACUUGGAUGCAUGAGAAUCGGUUGCAGCGGAUGUUGGAGGAGGAUUGGCAUCCGGGUGCCAGCGCUUUGACCAUUAUUCUUAAGGAUGUGGGGAUAAUCACGACCUCUGCGCGCCAAAGUCAAUUCCCGACGCCACUUUGCUCUACUGCUGAGCAGGUUUACUUGUCGGCUUUGUUGCAGGGAUAUGGACCCGUUGAUGACUCGUCUAUGGUGCGGCAGUACUUUGCUGAGCCGAUUCUGAAGGUCUCUUCUACUCAGUCGGAGGAGACGGCGGAGGCGUUGCAGCUGGUGUUGGAUCUGAUGGAGGUAACUAACCUGGUUGCCGCUGCGGAGGCGAUUUCCUUUGCACGCUAUCUUAAGGUCGAUCUGAAGCAGUUUUAUACUCUUGUCAGUGAUGCUGCUGGUGCUAGUCGGCAAUUUAUGACGAAGGGGUUGGAAAUGAUUGAGGGGCUUGGACAGGGUGCGGAUGGGGACUCUGAGACUCUUGAUGAGGCUACUUCUCGUUUAGAGAAGGCUGUACAAAAGGCGCGCGAUCUGCAUUGUCCUUUGCAUCUUGGCAAUGCUGCCUUGAGUGUGUUGUAUAUGGCUAAGAAGUAUGGGUUGGGAGUUGAGCGAAGUGCCAGUAUGGUGAAGGCUUUUGAGACUUAG